AUGCAUUAUCUUCCACCUGUUCUUUGUACAGAGUAACCUGCUGAAGAAUCAAUCUUAAUAUAAUUCAAUUAAUAAACCCAAGCAAAAGCAGCAUUGCAAAGUCCAAUAUUGCAAAACGAAAUGUAUUUCAUGAAUUCAGAUAACAAAGACUUUGUAAAACUAAAUGAUGCGUAACCAUCUUAUUAAUGAUAAAUUAGAUCAAAUUCCAAAGGAAAAACAGGAUCUUCUUUGAUCCAAUACUUCCAUAUAAGACAUUUUAUUCAUUCAUUAAUGAAAAAGAAAAAGUAUUUGACAACGUUUUCUAAAUUUCAUUUUAACUUAAUAAAUGAUAAGGCCUCUCAUUUUAAUCUAAAAUUAUUAAGAGCGAAUGCUUUGAACUUAAAACCAAUUUCUCAGACGAUUUAAUAAACAAUGAGUAAAGCAACAACAAGUAUAAAGAGAAAUUUUGAGUGGUGGACAAAGCUGUCAUUAGAAUUGGAGAAGUGGUUGAAUUUGAUACCAAUAGUAAAUCCAGAUGAUAAAAUGAAAGUGAGAUGGGAUUGCAUCUUAGUGUUGCCACGGUUUUAUUUUAUGUGUCUUGUUCCAGUGGAUCUGGCUUGGACAAAGGAAUAAGUAUUAUAUGAUUAUGCUUUUAUUCCAACUUUGAUAUCUUUGGCACUAAUAAUAAUAGAUUUCUUUUUUGGAUUUGCUUGUAGUUAUUAUGAAGAUGGGUAAAUAAUAACUAAUAGAAAGAAAGUGGUUAUGCAUAACUUAACGAAAUCAUAUGGAAUCGAACUUGCAUCAACAGUGGUUUUAAUAAUUUUCUUCAUCUUUCAAGUUGUUUAUGAUCAAUAGGUUGAUAUAUCGAAAGACAUAUACUAUUUGUUAUUAUUAUUUUCUUUAGUGUAAUAUCGAAACAUCAUGAAGAUACGAGAAUAAUUAGAAGACGCUUUAAAUCUAUCUGAGUAUGGCAGUUCUAUUGUAGAGCUUGUCAAAUUAUUAUGUUUAGUUUGUUAUGUAAUACAUAUAUUUGGUUGUUUAUGGUUUUGGGUAAUUAAUUAUUAUUAUAAUUAAAGGUUGGGUAUUAUGGUUCAACAUAUUUAGAUGAAGGAUGGUUGGUUGGAUAAGAAGUUGUAGAUGCUAAUUUUGGAACAUAAUAUUUGAGAGCUAUAUACUUUUCUACUGUUACAAUGUUUACAGUUGGUUAUGGAGACAUAACUCCAAAAACGGAACCUGAAUAUAUCUUAGCAAUUAUAUUCAUGAUGGUUAGCAGUAUUCAACUAUCUUAUAGUGUCAGUACUGUAGGAGCUGUACUUGAAAAAAUCACUUCAUUUAAGGAGAUUAAAUAAAAAAAACUUAGUAUUAUUAAUAAUUUUAUGGCAAAUAAAUAAAUUAAUUUUAAACUUUAAUUUUAAGUUAGAUAGUAUUUAAGUUAUUAUUGGAAUAAAUAAUAAGAUGAAGAAAGUUAAGCUGAAUAAGAAAUAAUUGAUUAGUUAAGUUAAACCUUAAAAGAAAAAUUGAUAUAUGAAGCUAAUUCUCGUAUUCUUAAUUAAUGUAAAUUAAUUAGAGAUAAUUUCUCUGAUAAAUUCAAAAAGAAAUUGGUAGAAAAGAUUACUUCAUAAUUUUUAUAACCAGAAAGUCAUAUUGAUUUCUCAAAGUUUUUUAAAAGAGCUAAAAGAAUAGAAAAAAGUGAAUUUUAAUGUUUAUGUUUUAUUGAAGAGGGAAUAGUUGAAUCCUUCAUCGAAGAUCCAAAUAACUAAAAUAUUAUUGCUUCUAAUAUUAAUAAUUAUAGUGAAGGAAAAUGUUUUAAUGAAGUUUCAUUUUUAACAGGAUCAGAUUGUAAGGAAAAGUUUCGAACUCUUUAGUUUACAAAAUUACUUGUCUUAUCAAGAAAAGACUUUUUAGCUACUUUGAAAGAUUUUCCUUAAGAUUUUGAAAAAUAUAAAGAACUUGUAGAUGAUUUCAAUAAUAACAAACAAAUGUAAAUGUUAAAAAUAGAAUGUUAAUCAUGUAAUUCUUAUAAGCAUUAAACUGUGGAUUGUCCUAUUAUUCAUUUCAUACCAGAUAGAGAAAUUAUUGUUAAAAGAUGUGCUUAUUCAUCAAUAUAAAAAAGAAAAUUUGUAAAACGAUCCAAAACAAGGACAAAACCAACAAUAAAAAUACAAAGAUUAGUUGCCAUGCAAGCUAAUAAAAUGUACAAUUCAGUUACAAUCGAUCCUAACUAUUGUAAUAUUUAUGAAAUUCAAGAUGAAUAAUUAUUCUAACCAGUUCUUGAUCCAUAAAUAAAUAUUCAAAACAUAUAGCCUAUCUAUAAUUCUAUUCCCCCUACUAUACCUGAGAGACCUAAAUAGCCAAAACAAGGAUAGAAUUAAAUGAAUUUUAAUUAAAUUACUUCCAAACCUAUUAGACAUAAAAAGUUACUCUAAAAGAGCUUAAGAAAAACAUUUAAUUUGAUUGUAAGUGCAAAUUUCUGGAUGAAAAUAUCAAAAAAUAAAAAAAACAAUGCACUAUCAACAGAGAAUUAAAUUCGGGAAUUACAAUUAAGAAGAGCAUUGAUAAAUGAUCAAAUAGACUUAGUUCCCAAAUCUAUUUUGGAUGAUAUGUUUUAUGUAGAAUAGAUGUUUAAUUAAAUUCAAAAGCAAUAACCUGUAGAAGAUUAAUUCGAUUAAAUUAGAGACUAUAAAAAGUACAAACCUCAAGAUAAUUUAAUUUAAUAAAUCUAUAAAUAAGAUCUGAUUAAUGAAAAGUUUACACCAGAAGAAUUGACUUUCUUCUAAAAGAUUAGAGAUAAAUUGGGAAGGUUUAUGAACUUUCCCCAAUAAUAUAUCAUGAGAUAUAAAUAUCCCUUAACUAUUUCAUCAAAAAUUGGGCUUGUGAUUGAUGAAUAGAAAAUGAAAAGGUCAAAAAAAAGUAAAUCCAAGAUCGGAAAGUCAAUGACCAAAAAGAAAUGAG